AUGCUUGAACCAUUUAUCAACGCAAAAUCUUGUGGCAAACUCAAAAUUGCUGUUAGUUGUUCAUCUAAUAUGAACAGAAGUAUGGAAGCACAUUACUUUCUAAAGCAACGUGGGUUUAAUGUCCAAAGUUUUGGUUCUGGAAAUUAUGUAAAGCUGCCUGGACCAAGUAUUGACAAACCAAAUAUUUACGAUUUUGAUUCGAUUACUUAUGAUGAAAUUUAUCAGGAUUUGAAAAACAAAGAUUCGAAAUUAUAUACACAAAAUGGGCUUUUGAACAUGCUUGAUAGAAAUAGAAGAAUAAAGAAAUGUCCCCAAAAAUUCCAAACCUCUGAAGAACAUUUUUCUGUCAUAAUUUGUAUGGAAGAACGAGUUUACGAUCAAAUUGUUGAUUUUUUGCAAACAAAUGAAAGUUCUAACAGUACAGGAGAGUGUGUACAUAUAAUUAAUUUUGACAUUCAAGAUAAUCACGAAGAAGCGACUAUUGGAGCUUUAAUUGUGGUACAAUUGUGCAAAAAGUUGGAAGAAUGUGAAGAUUUGGAUAACGAAAUUGACGAAGUUUUGAGCGAUUUCGAAUUGGAAAACCAAGGAAGGAAUCUUUUACAUACAAUUUGUUUUUAUUGA